UCUUUAAUUUCCUUUUCGGCAACAUCUGAAAAUUAUUUAAAAAUUAAAAAAAAAAUGCGUUCUAAGCUGCUAUUAUCAUCAAAGCUAUCGCGGCGUUCAGGAGAAUUGUCUAAAGCUCUGUUAUUCCAUCCACAACGUGCCUACAACUGGGGAAACUACGAUGCCUCCACUAAACAGUGCUGUAAAGUGAACGACGCUUCGAUGAAUAAAUGCUUGGAAGGUAAAUUCAAAUGCAAGCCCAUUAAAAUACCGAAUAAAUGUUACAAGCGUGUCGAUGAGGAGUCUGUGGCGUUCGGUGAAUACUCCAAGCAUUUGUUUCACAUCUUAAGACCCAAAGAGGUUGAUUGUGGCCUAUUCAAGCAUGAUGUGUGCUACUAUAGACCCUCAAACAAGAAUCGUCGCUAUCAGCGCACCUGGUCCGAGUGUCCACUUAUUUGGCUGCACCCAAAAAAGACCUGCUGCCCUGAUGAGGAGUAUUAUCCUAUUCCUCGUCGCCAGAGGCAACCACCACAUCCACCAAUGAGUUCGACCGAAAAGUAUAUGUACAUGCUGAAAAAGUUGUGCCAAGCGCAGUGUCGCGCAGGUGUGACUAUGAAAAAGAAAUGCACAAUAGUCAGAGAACCCACAAAAUGCGAGAAGGUACCGGCCCCAUUUCCAAGCUUUUCCGAGUGUAAAAAAGACUGCAUAGAGGACUACUGUGACAAAGAAUGCGCCUGCAGACUGCUACCCUCUCUCUGCGAGAUAUGGAGAGAGCAUCAUCGCAACUCAGGUUUGGUUAAGAAGUGCACUGAAGCUAUAGUUGGUUACUGUCCAUUCAAGAAUCGUGGACGCCCUUUGGGUUAGAGACGAACAAGAAGGCUCUCGAUAAUUCUCGGCGAAACGCUUGCUGAGUGUGUUACGAGGUUAUGCUAAUUUCCACAGAUCUAGUCAUUUGAUAAAUUUGAUACAAUAUUCGGCAUUUGCUAUCAAAAAUAAUUCCAAAUUCUAAAUUUAUAUUCGGAAAUGGUUCUAAAAUGUAAAUUGGCUCGUUUGAUGUCACCAGCCAGGUGCCUCUGGAAUGCACAUGGCGGUUUAUCUAGCUCUCGCACAUUAGCUAGAUUUUCAGCCGCAUUUCCUGAUCCACCCUGCCAGCCUGCUGAUCCGCGUUGCCAUUACGUGAAAGAUAACUGCAAAACGUCCCGCGAUGUUCUGGAACUUGAGCUGCCCUUUGACAAGCACAUGCUUGAUCUAGAGCGGCUGAAGCGGGAAAGAUUGUUGGAACCGCCGUGCUGCGUUUUACGCUCGGCCCAUCACCAUCCCUGUGAGGGGGCAUAUCCAAGGCGGAAGAAGAAGAAGAAGGAGUGUCCGCCGUUCCGUUCUAUGUGGGAGCCACCCUGUCAGCCACCUGAGCAGCCCUACUGUAAAGAUAUGUUGCCGCGCUUUGAUGUUAUCUAUUACAAGCCGUCGGACAAGUGCAGAUGCUUUCAGCGCACGUGGAAUGAGUGCCCGCCGGUGAAGGAACGUUUAAAGAAGGUCUGCUGCCUGGAUGGCAUUGACCCGCCGGAGGUGAAUAGGCGCAUGAAGGAGCGCUGCCCCCAGACGACCUGUAUGUUUGACUACGCACGCAUGAAGCACUUUUGCAAAAAUCGAAAAGUUGAUCCUUUAAACAGCUGCCCCAAGCUAUAUUGGCCGUGCUGUAAGCCAGCGCGCUGUGCUAGCAGCUGCUAUAUCCGUAACAAGCUCAGCAAGUGCAAAAGGCUACGGACUCCGUUUCCUUGCUUCUCGGAUAAACGCCCGAGGCACCGACCGCUGCGACCUCGACAGUGUCUCCAAGAGCCUUCAAGCAGGUGCGAAAUCUGGCAAGUGUUGCACAAACGUGAAAAUACUGGCAUCAAGGGUUCUUACUGCUAGUCCAGCUACGAUCUAGAGCAGUCAAUGAAGACAAACCCCAUGGUCUAUCAUCAUUGAUUGCUCUAGAACGUAACUUGCAAAAGCACCACACACUUUUCGUAAGGAGCACCAGAAGAUCCACAUACGAGCCUAGGAUCAAGGACAAAAUCGAAAUUAACUGCAAUAUUUUAAAUGAGUCCACCAUUCAUUUUGACAAAUGUGAUAUAGGCCAGCAGCGGUACCUUUCUAACACUGUGGACCUUCUGGAUCCUUCUAGCAAGGAUAAGCUACAGUUGUUCGUUAAAGAACGCGUCAGCUGCUGUAUACACGUUGAAAUUAAAUAAAGGACAUAACAGCUA